UGGAGGAAAGGGUAUGAUUGACUGUACAUAAGUCGAACACUUUUUGUUGCGUAUGUGUGUGUGUGUGUGUGUGUGUGUGUGUGUGGGUAUGCGUAUGCGUAUGUGAUUUUAUUUUUCCUUUUUUUUUCUUGUUUGUGUGCUGCUUACUCUGUACUGUAAUAAUAAUGCUGUUAAGCAGGGUAAGUUUAUGGACCACCCACACAACAUAGUAGCCGGGGAUUAUAAGUACCGUCGACGAUCCAUCCGCGAAUUGGUGAACUGUACCGUCAGUUUGCUUCGGCGCGGGCCGCCUCUAGUCCCUAUCCGGUCGCUUCUAUCGGAUGACAUGUCGCAUUGCACGACCUUCUUCUCGCCCUCGUUGUGCGGGUGGUGGUGUGGCUUCUUAUUUUUCUCUGGAUUCUACCUACUCUUCUUCUUGCUGCGGGUGGCGGAAGAGGAGUUGGGAGGGGGAUGUCCAGGGCCCUUCAAUCGGGCUAUUUCUUUGCGUCUUCUCCCCUUGUUCUCGACGACAACAACUGGUUUUCUCGCGGUUUCCGUCGUGCAGAGUAACCCAUCGGGACUUGAUCUGCACCCAUAUGAUUGUUACUUCCUCAAAAGUCGUGACUCGAGCACGCUAGCUUUGGCUCAGGGGAUUGGCUGUCUAAGUUGACACGAUGGAGAGAAUUUUGUAACUCGUAGCUUU